AUGCCUCAAGCAUCCUCAGACAAUGCUGCAACGUCCAGCGCGUGCCCCACCCAGCUCCUCGACCUCCCACUUGAGGUCCUUGACCUCAUCAUCCGUUACGCCUCACUCCUUCGCCUCGAGUCGAGCGAGUCUCGCAGGCAGGCGCCGUCCGAUUUACACCACUUGGCGUACGGGACGAAUCGCCUCUUGCGAACACUUGCCCUCCCAUAUCUCUUCUACUCGCUCGACACCUCGAGGCUCCCUCCGAAAGUCUGGCUCCCCGAUGUAGGCGUCGUGAGCGCCAAACGCUUCGCACGGACGAUACGGUACGAGGAAUCGUGGAAGAACACGAGGCAGUACCGCUGGUACCGCACGAGCAGCGAGAAACGCGACGACAAGAAGGAACGCCAGAUCUUCUCUGAAUACGCAAUGCUCAGCCAGGCCGACUUCCCCCUCCUCGAACACAUCGUCCUGUAUCGCCUCGAGACGAAGAACUUCCUGCCUCGAGUCAAGCGGCCUUCGAGGGCGCGAGGCGGCGACACGAGCGUCUUCAUCCGGCGACUGACUUUGGGCCAUCUUUACGGCCUUGACAAGAAGGCGGUUGAGCAAUCUCUCACUCCGUUCGGCGCGGGCGUUACGUCGCUGUCUAUGGACAAUGACACCACCAAACGACUCGACUCUGUCCUCCCUCGCUUUACAGCCUUACAAGUCCUCAGGCUCAACUACCACUACGGUGAUCAGAACCCGUUCGAUGCCAAGUUUGAGGCCACAUACGCUCGCAUCAAGAGCCUGCAACUCCGCCUACCGGGCACUUUCUUCGGCUACGCGGAGGAAGAGGGAGACGGAAGUGUGCGAUCCAUACCUCAGGGCGAGCUGCCCACAUUGCCGCCGACAGCCAAUCUGCGACACCUCGCCAUCGACACCCGGUUUGACCAGUUCGGGAUAUCACCGCACGCCAUCGAUGAUCUCUUGCAGACAAUCACCACGGUCUUUGGCGCCGUACCGCUCAAGACUCUCGAGCUGGACGACUCAGUGAUCUGCUCAUCGGCCAAUCUUGCGAAACUCGCGCAAACCUUCCCGACUCUGCGGACGUUCACUAUGAGCGACAGGACGAUCUGGAACGGCUCGCGCGCCGAUAUCCUCUCUGCCCUCUCCAGUUUCCGCCAUCUUACCACCCUCUGUCUCCGCCUUCCCAGCACAAUGCCGGCAUCACCAUACGAUCGAGCUGUCGUCGCUGACCCGCAAGACGACUCGCCGAACGACGAGAACGCCUACGCUUCAACCGCCGCAAUCGCCUGCGAAGCGGCCGAAGUCCUCCCGACACUCCACCACGUCGGGUUCAGCGGUCAGUCAAGCUCGAUCGACUGGUUCAGGAUCUGCAGAGACAACGAGGGACGGCCAGAGUCGGCGGAGGGUGUCAAAUUCUACUCGACCGACCUGGACACGCGAUAG